AAUGGGAGAGCUUUUUUAAAAAAAAAGUAAGAUCAUGAGAGCCACCUUCUGAUGAGUGGGAACCACCGCAUACUUUUUUUCACUGUUGUUCUUUACUAAACUUCUCCGGCAAGUCGUCACUGUGAACAAGAAAAUCAUCACUGCAGCUUCUCAAAUCUCAAUCAUCUUCUACUUAUACUCACUCCAUGUUUUCAAGUUCCACCCACAUUCUCAUCGUCACUCUCUUACCACCACUUUUUCACUGUUUCUUUUUCUAGUACAAUUAGCUCACCAUAACCCGCUCCUUAGCUUCCCGUUUCCUUCAGAAGAAUGCAACCGUUAACUCUUCUCGCCUCUCCUCUUCCGGUUUAGAUGCAGUCAGUGCCUUCAAAUUUACCAGUUGGAUGGAGAUUCCAGCCAACCAACGAAGAACUACUCGAUCAUUAUUUAAAAAAGAAGAGACUCGGUCUACCUAUACACGGCAUUGACAUCCAAGAACUCCAAAUUUUCAACUGUAAUCCUUUGGAUUUACUCGAUGGCAAGUCUUCAAAUGAGGAGCGGUAUUUCUUUUGUAUCCGUGAGUUUUACUUGAAAAAUGGCCGGAAUCAGAGGAAAAGGACGGCCGGAGCUGGAUAUUGGAAACGGACUGGUGAGAGUCAAUCGGUUAUAUCUGAAGAGAGUGAUGAAGAGAUUGGAACAAAAAGGAUUUUUGUUUAUCAUACCCCUAACCCUACUAAGUGGGUCAUUCAUGAAUAUGAGUACACUGCUCAGCUUCACUCUCCUAUUAAGGGUGAUUUUGUUCUAUGUAAACUCAUGAUAAACAGGAAGAAAAAAACAUAUAGGAAUCUAAAGAAAAAUGGAUAUAAUUCCAAUGGGGAAAAAACAAUUAAUAAAACUAAGGACAUGGAAAUAGAUUAUGAAAAUUCUAGAUCAAAUAAGAAAAGGCGGUGUUUGUCAAACCGUAAUGCAGCUUUAGCGUAUGGUGAUGGUGAACCGAACAACUAUUUGUCUACUUAUUUUCAAAAUCUAAGUCCGGAUAAUUUAGCCAAUUUAGCUACAUAUACAAAUCAUUCAAAACAUUCUCUUUUUGAAUGUUCAAAACAGAAUGCUCAUCAGAAGAGCAUUGAUUCAAUCUAUAACAUAUCUGAUACAAAUUUUCCAAUGCAAUCUCAUUGCGAAAUUACAAAUCCCUUCGAGGAGGAUCAUGUUUCAAGUUUAUCACUUGUUUCUGAUCCCUCGAUGGUAAAUUUUAAAAUUCCUUCUGAUUCAGAAAUUACAAACCUGAAUGAUAUUCAUUCUACCUCAACAAUAUUUACAAUUCCUUCUGAUUCAGAAAUUACAAACCCGAAUGAUAUUCAUUCUUCUACAAAAUUUACAAUUCCUUCUGAUUCAGAAAUUACAAACCCGAAUGAUAUUCAUUCUUCUACAAAAUUUACAAUUCCUUUUGAUUCAGAAAUUACAAACCCGAAUGAUAUUCAUUCUUCUACAAAAUUUACAAUUCCUUCUGAUUCAGAAAAUGCAAACAUAUAUGGUAUUUAUUCUCCUACAAAAUUUACAAACCCUUCUGAUUCAGAAAAUAUGAAUCCCUGUGAUAUUUAUCCUUCUGGAACCAAAUUCACGAUUCCUUCUGGCUCAGAAAAUACAAAUCCUUAUGACAGUGAUCCUCCGAUUACAAAUUUCAAGAAUCCUAGUGAUUCAAAAUUUACAAACCCAUUCGACAUUAAUCCUUCUGCUACAAAUUUUACAAUUCCUACCUAUUCGGAAUCUACAAUCUCUAACGAGAUAGAUAAUUUAUCAACAUUUAACAAAGAAGAAUUUAGUUGUUUUGAUUUGCAAAAUCAAAAUUCAAGCAAGACCAGUAAAAUGCCACUUUACAAAAAAUGUAAACCAAGUAGCCAAGAGGCUUUUGGUUUAGAAAAUCAAAAUCCGUAUGAGUUAACUUCUGUUUCAACACAUAACAAAGGCGAAACAGGUUGCCUCGGGGAUUUUGAUUUUGAAAGCAACCUAAGUGAGAUGACUGUUGAUUCAUCUCAUGAAAAUGGAGAUCUAAGGAAAACUAGCACUAUAUCAGCCUCUGCGGAAGGUGAAUGUAGAAUUUUCGAGCAAACACCUUCGGAUUUUGAUUUAGAAUAUCUAAAUCGAUAUCAGAAUACUGAUAUGUCAAGUUAUCAAGAGAAAUGGACAUUUAAUGUUCAAGAAACUGCAUUACAAAAAACAGAAAACCAACAUAUAUUACAAAAAACAGAAAAUCAACAUAUAGAGAUGGAUAUUUCAAUUCUUCAAGAUAUUCGGAGUGACUCGUUCACUUUUAAUAUCCAAGAAUCUAUAUCUGAAAACGCGGAAAAGAUGGGCAUUGAAGAAGCUUCAUUUUGUGAGUUAGAUUUAAACUUCUGGAAUGACUAACUAACAUCGGAUGAAAUAGACGGAAGCCGCCUUAACUCUGCGCUACAGCAGCCUAUGGAUAUAACCAACGGCGUCGUAUCUGCUUGAACAGAAUGCGUAAAGUAGAAUGUUUAUGCAUGGUUAAAGAGUGAGGCAUGGCAUGAGUAUUGUUGAUAAAAGCUUCCAGCUAUUAGUCUAGUGAUAGGGUGAGUUGCAAAUAUUAGACUCCAGCUUGAAGCUUCAGUGUUCCAUAUUACUAUCAUUUAAAAAUAAUCCGCAGCUAUGAUAUUACAGUAUUAUGGCCUAACGAUCUUGAAAAUUUAAGUAUUUACGGAUUUUAUCAGAUAUAAACCAAACUUUUUAGUUUUGCCAA